AUGUCUUCUCCAUCAUCUGGCGGAAGUGUAGGAAAGAGAAAGCGUACUGCUACUGCUUCAUCUUCCAAGAAAUCCUCAACACUCGAUCAAUUACAAAAUUCAUCAAGAGAUGCAUCUGGUGAAGAUGGCGAAUCCACAGCUCCAGAAAGCAGAGAAACACGUAGCUCAAGUCACAAAAAGACUAUCUCCGUGGACUCUCAAAACCCACCGGCCAAACGUCUUCGCUCAUCUACACACGAGAAAGUCGCAGUUAAUGGAUCCGACAAUGCGCGAGAUCCAGGCGAACCAUCGGACACAACUGAAGGCAGCACAGACAUUGCGAACAGAGUUGCAAAGAAAGGAAGAAAAAGUAUUUCCAAAGGAGAUGAAGAAGUGCCAGAACAAGAGGGAGAGAAAGGAGAAACCACACAGUCAAUGGCCCCACCACCAAUUGGAAAAUUGACAGAUCCAGUUGGAUACAAAACCAAUCCACCCCCGGCUGAUAGACCAGUUCGUGUUUAUGCGGAUGGUGUGUUUGAUUUGUUUCAUCUUGGACAUAUGCGACAGCUUGAACAAGCUAAAAAGGCAUUCCCAGACGUUUAUUUGUUGGUCGGGGUUACAGGAGAUGCGGAAACACACAAGAGAAAGGGACUUACAGUUCUAUCUGGGCAAGAGCGAGCUGAGACUGUAAGACAUUGCAAAUGGGUGGAUGAGGUUGUUGAGAACUGCCCAUGGAUUGUUACUCCAGAAUUUCUAGCAGAGAAAAGGAUUGAUUACGUUGCGCAUGACGAUCUUCCAUAUGGAGCUGAUGAGGGAGACGAUAUUUACAAACCAAUCAAGGAACAAGGAAAAUUCUUGGUUACGCAGAGAACUGAGGGUGUCAGCACGACUGGUAUUAUCACAAAGAUUGUUCGAGAUUAUGAGAAAUAUAUUGCACGUCAAUUCAAGCGGGGUACAACAAGACAGGAGCUUAACGUAUCGUGGCUCAAAAAGAAUGAACUCGAUCUAAAACGUCAUGUUGCAGAGAUGAGAGAAGCUAUCCGAACGAAUUGGAGUACUACUGGUCAAGAAUUGGGCAAAGAGUUGAAACAAUUCUGGCAAUCCAGUCGUCCCGGUAGUCCCGCACGCAUGCACAGUUUCGAUGCAAAUAGUACCGGAUCCCUUACAAGCCCAUCUGCUCUACAACAUCUUACACGCCGCCUGGAAAUUCCAAGAAAUGAUAGUCCAGGUCCGGGUAGUGAUUUUGCAACAGGAUAUAGCUUAGGUCUUAUUGGCGGUGUACGAUCAUGGAUGACUCGAAGUCGCCAAACCAAUCGUGAUAGUUUGCAAGGAAGUGAAAGCAGUGAAGAGGAAAGUGAUGAGAGACUUUCACCACGUGGUAGAAGCGAAAAGGAAAAUUUCAAACCUGAUGAAAAUGAAGUUGAUGAAGAACAAGUCGAUGCACAAAUUGAUGCGGCUAUGGCGGAAAAUGCUAAGAAAUCUGGCCAAUAA